CCCGUUAGCAUAACCGUAUGUUAUUGAUGUUGGCAAGCAAUUGGUUCUAUCAUUGUAAAAUUCUUAAUAUAAAAGGAUACGUAGUUACGGGUGGGGUGAGGAAGAUAUGGAGUUCAUUCACAUAUAUUUUCUUCACAUAUUCAGUCAUAGAGGUAGAAGACAGAAGUAUGGCUAACCUAAUUCUAUCUGUCUGCCUCUCCAUAUUGGGUAUCAUAAUUGCCAUUGCCUUAUUUCUCGCCGGAGGUUAUCUUUGGUGGCGUCACAAACGUUCUCAGCUGCAAUUUAUUGAACCGAAUGAUGACGAGGAUUCCAGUAACUAUAGCCUAAGGCUUCCGCAAUCCUCUACUCAGGAGAUUCAAGACACAUCCAUUCCUCCUGCGAAAGGGCCACCGCAACAGCAAGCCACAACGCAAUCUUUAGCAACACCAUUACAAAAUAAUAUAAACCGCAAGCUGAAUGGUUUUCUAAAUUUAAAGACUCCAUUGAUAGGAACAACACAAACGCAGUCUCAAAAUAAAACUAUAGUCGGCUCAAACACCAGUGGGGUUACUGAAAGUUGUAUUGCUAAGGAUGGCGCAAAGAAAAGCAUUUCGAUGACUGAUAUGUAUAUCGACAACUCAGAGCCCAGUGAGAAUGUUGGGCAAAUACAUUUUUCGUUGGAAUACGACUUCCAAAAUACAACAUUAAUCUUGAAGGUGUUGCAGGGUAAAGAGCUACCAGCUAAGGACUUGAGCGGCACAUCGGAUCCUUAUGUGCGUGUUACAUUGCUGCCCGAUAAAAAACAUCGAUUAGAGACAAAAAUUAAGCGGCGUACACUAAAUCCACGUUGGAAUGAAACAUUCUAUUUUGAAGGUUUCCCUAUACAAAAAUUACAAUCUAGGGUACUACAUUUACAUGUGUUCGAUUACGAUCGGUUUUCACGUGAUGACUCCAUCGGUGAAGUUUUCCUACCAUUAUGUCAGAUUGAUUUUGCUAGCAAGCAAUCAUUUUGGAAAGCAUUGAAACCACCAGCUAAGGAUAAAUGCGGUGAAUUGCUUUCAUCGCUCUGCUAUCAUCCAUCAAACUCAGUACUAACAUUAACAUUGAUUAAGGCGCGAAAUCUGAAAGCUAAAGACAUCAACGGCAAAUCAGAUCCAUACGUUAAGGUGUGGCUACAAUUUGGCGAUAAGCGUGUUGAAAAACGAAAGACUCCAAUAUAUAAUUGCACACUCAAUCCUGUAUUUAAUGAAUCAUUUAGUUUCAAUGUACCAUGGGAGAAGAUACGUGAAUGCUCUUUAGAUGUUAUGGUAAUGGAUUUUGAUAAUAUUGGACGAAAUGAGUUAAUUGGAAGAAUUUUAUUGGCUGUUUCUCGUGUUCUGAAAAAGGAAAGCUAUCAUAUAAAUUGUAAACAAAAUUAAACAGCUAAUGUAGAUAUGACAAAUGACGUUUACUUCAUCGAUGAUCGUCAUUUCGGCAAUAGCAAGUUUGCGACGACGUUGACGACACCAACCACAAUAGAGGAAAAUAUUUAUAAACACUGAACUUGGAAUUGGACCUAGAUAAUUACUAUGGGAUACUUCAGAAAAAAUAUU